AUGACACUCAGCCUGCCCCGGCCCCACGGCUCCCACCCCCGCGUUUUCCGGCCCCCCGCGGCCCGGGAUCCCCGCCCGCCCCCGCCCCGCCCCCACACUGCGGCGUCGCCGCCACCGCCGCCCCGGCUCUCACGGCCCGCAGCGGGGGCAGGGAGGAGCCAGGCACGACGCCCCGCACCCCGCCCCGGGCCGGCCGUCCCCUCCCGCGGGAAGGUGCACCCCCAAAGUGUGUAUGAGGGGGCGCUCUCCCCACCCCCUCGCACCCCUCCCAGAUCCGCGGGCGCCCCGCACCCUCCAGCCACAGGUGGCCGCAGGAGGAUCGCGGAGCUGCGCUCGGCGGCCCGGCCCCCCAUCACCUCGAGGCCCGCCCCCCGGAGGCCGCCCGGGUCCCCCCCCUCGCCCAGCCGGGCCGGGAGCCGGGGGGAGGGGCGGGGGGCCGGGUUGUGCCAGGCUGCCAUUUUCUGCCGCCGCCGCGGAGCCUGCGCGGGGGCCCGGCCCCCCACCCGCUCCUCGGCUCCCCGCGGCUCGCGGCGAGGGGCCGAGCAUUCCGGGUCGGGGGUCCGCGCCCUCUGGCGCCCCGGCAGCAGGCCCCAGGCGGAGCCCCCGCGGGCCCGGGAGGUGGUGGUGAGGGGAGGCACGGCCCGGAAGGCGGGGGCGGCCAGGCCCCGGGGCCCCUGCGGCAGCGCCGAGCCGGGCACCACGGCCGAGGCCAGCGCGGUGGAGGAGGAGGGCCCCCCGCGGCAUUGUAUAGACUUGAACUUGAGCCCGGAGCCCGGGCGGGGGCGGGGAGGGGGGUCCGCGCCAGGAGCGGCCAGGACGGGAGGGGGCGCCUGCAGAGCCCGCGGGGACAUAAACAAACCCUCCUCUGCCCCGCGCCGCCCCCGGCCAGCCGGGCCGGCCGUCCCCACCCCGCAGCCCCAGCCCCGCGGGCACCCCGGCGCCGAGUUGCAGAGCUCCCGCGAGCGUGCCCCGCAGCCGGGCACUGCCUGCCCCGCCGUGCCCCCCGCCCGGCUUCCCGCCCCGCGCCAGCGUCCGGGCCGGCCUCCCGGGCCGCCCGCAGCGGCGCUCAUUACCGUGUGGCCGGUCGGCUCGGGCCGGCCCGGCUGCGCGCCCUGGCCUCCGCCCGCCGCUCGCCCCCCGCGGCCGCGCUGGCCCCGGCCCCGGCGCUGCGGAGCCGGCCCGGGAGGCAGCGCCGCCGGCUGGGGGGCCCCCGGGGCGCCGCGGCGGGAGCGGCCUGGGCGCGCGGCCGGUCCUAGCGCCCUCGGUCCGACGCUGCGGCCCCGCCGGGGGGCCCCCCUGCACGCUGCCAGACGGAGGCUCGAACCCCGCACCAACACCACCCACCACCCACUCCAGAGGUGGCCGGGGCAUUCCGCCUUGGCCGCACCGCCAGCCCUGGCGCCGCUCGAGGGGCAGCCAAGCCCGGGCAAGGGAAGAGGGGUGCCUUACCGCAGCCCUCCCUCUCCCCGCGGGCCGCCCCGCUACCUGGCGCUGCCUCUGCGCUGGGUGCCCGCAUCCAGCACUGGCCGCGGGGACAGCGGCCCCUCCUCUCUCUCGGCCGGUGUCAAGUGCCUCCCCCCCGCAGCCCGCCGAGCCCCCGGCGGCCUUCGCCCUGCAGUUCUCCCGACCUCCGCCAGAGCCCACUGCACUCUGCCGCUCUCAGCACCGGAGAUGGGGACAGCAGCGCCGGCCCAUCCCCGCGGCCAGGUGCGGCGGCCGCCGCCCGAGUGCAGGCCACACGGGCCCCAUCGGCGGGGCGGAGGGCGCAGCGCCGGGAGCCUGCAGCCCGAGCCACCCUGCAUCGGAUGA